GAAGCAAAACAUUAUUUGUGCAGCUAUGGGUUCCUUCAAAAUAGAUUUUCCUUAUGUUAUCUCUGUUUUCAUUUUUAUUAAUUUAUAUUCAUGUUAUGCACAAGAUCUGAAGGCUUGUAAAUUUGAUCAAAUUUAUCAAUUUGGAGAUUCACAAUCAGAUCCUGGUAAUUCUAUUAUAGAGAUUCCUCAAGCAUAUCAUGCUAGGCCUCCCUAUGGCAUAACCAUUAACAAAGCGACUGGCAGAUCAAAUGAUGGGAAGUUAAUGAUCGAUUAUAUCGCUGAAUCAGCUGGUCUUCCCUGGAUUGAACCAUAUGAAAACCCUAAUUCAACAUUGGUCCAUGGAGCAAAUUUUGCUGUGGCUGGCGUGACUGCUUUAAGAGUUGAAGACCUAAUAAAAUGGAAAAUUCCACUUCCUUACACUAACAGUUCUCUUCUUGUCCAACUUGAGUGGUUCGACAAACUUAUGGCAAAAACUUGCCAAACGAAUUGCAAAGAUAAGCUUAAAUCAGCACUUUUCGUGGUUGGAACAAUUGGAGCCAAUGAUUAUGAUUUUGCAGCUUAUGAAGGAAGAGGUGUAGGGGAGAUAAAGGACGUCAUGGUACCUGGCGUUAUGAAAAAUAUUAAGCAAGUCAUCGAGGAAAUUAUCCGGUACGGUGCUGUUCGAAUAGUUGCACCAGGAGUUUUUCAACUGGGUUGUACCCCAAGCUUGCUGACAUUAUUUGAAACAAAUAAAACUGCUCUUUAUGAUUCACUUGGAUGUUUAAAAGAUUAUAAUGAUCUAUUUAUCUAUCAUAAUACUCUUCUCCAAGAAAUGCUUAAGGAAUUGCAACAGAAGUACCCUGAUGUAACAAUUCUGUACGGUGAUAUUUACAGUGCCCUACAAUGGAUUUUGGAAGACCUUACAAAACUUGGAUUUAAAUCAUUUAAACAAGGUUGUUGUGGGACUGGGGGUAAAUAUAAUUUUACUCCUGGGCUUAAGCACAUGUGUGGAGCUCCAGGUGUACCUGUUUGUCCAAAUCCUAGAGAGUAUGUGUUUUGGGAUGGUGGACAUUUUUCAGACCAAGCAAAUAAAUAUUUGGCAGAAUGGCUCCUUAAAGACUUGGUACCUAAACUUAAAUGUAGUCCUUGAUGAUAAGAUAUCAAAUUGAUCCAAAUCAAGAGGUAAAAUAAAUUAGUUUAAACUUCUAAGAUCUAAUUGAAUCAGUGGAUUCAUUUCUGUAUCUGAUUUUUCUAGUUGGGUUGCUUCUCCAUUCUUUAUUGUUCUACAUUUGAUAUGCUUUGUGAAUAAAAUUUUACAUUUUUAAUCUAGAAAAAAAAAAAGAUUAUUUUCCA